GACCGACUUGUCAGUGGCUCUGCUCUCCACUACACUCAGCUGAAUGAGCAGGCUCGUACAGCGGAUACACGGCUCUCCUCGCCUCUGAUUGUCCACGGUGCCACAGCCACACGGACUCUUCUCUUAUUACUGACAGCAGUCGCAAAGGAUUAUUAUUAACACUGCGCUCUAAUCGUUUCUCGGCUACACUUGUGAGAGAUCAUGCCCCCCAGAUAGCAGCUCAGUCCUCCUUCUCUCCCCCUCCCUGCCCCCCCGGCCCCCCCGCUACACCACUGCCACCUGUGUUAGCACCUCCACCAUGCCGCCCAGGAAGAGGAACCGGCCGGGCCUGGGCUUUCUCUGCUGCUUCGGGAGCAGCGAGCCCCCAGAGAUCAACCUAAAGGACACUGUGCCUCUGCAGCUGCUGGAGUUCAGUGCUCCCAUGCCCCCGGCCGAAGAGCUGCAUGCACGCUUCUCUGAACUGGUGGAUGAACUGGAUCUCACAGACAAGAAUCGGGAGGCCAUGUUUGCGCUGCCCGAUGAGAAGAAAUGGCAAAUUUACUGCAGCAAAAAGAAGGAGCAAGAAGACCCUAACAAGUUGGCCACCAGCUGGCCGGACUACUACAUCGACCGCAUCAACUCCAUGGCUGCUAUGCAGACACUGUUUGCGUUCGAUGAAGAGGAAAUGGAGAUGAGGAAUAAAGUGGUGGAGGACUUGAAGACAGCGCUCCGCACACAACCAAUGAGGUUUGUAACCCGCUUCAUAGAGCUGGACGGCCUCACCUGUCUGCUCAACUUCCUGCGCAGCAUGGACUAUGAGACGUGUGAGAGCCGCGUGCACACCUCGGUCAUCGGCUGCAUCAAAGCCCUCAUGAACAAUUCUCAGGGGCGCGCACAUGUCCUGGCCCACCCCCAAAGCAUCAACACAAUCUCCCAAAGCCUCCGCACAGAAAACAUCAAGACCAAAGUGGCAGUGCUGGAGAUACUGGGGGCAGUGUGUCUGGUCCCCGGUGGACAUAAGAAGGUACUGCAGGCUAUGGCUCACUACCAGAAGUACGCAGCAGAGAGGACACGAUUUCAGACACUAUUAAAUGAGCUGGACAGGAGUACGGGGCGCUACAGAGAUGAGGUCAACUUGAAAACGGCCAUCAUGUCUUUCAUCAACGCGGUGCUCAACGCUGGAGCUGGAGAGGACAACCUUGAGUUCCGACUUCACUUAAGGUACGAGUUUCUAAUGUUGGGCAUCCAGCCGGUCAUUGACAAACUCAGAGAGCAUGAAAACGCCACACUCGACAGGCAUUUGGACUUCUUUGAGAUGGUGCGAAAUGAGGAUGACUCCGAAUUAGCCAAAAGAUUUGACAUGAACCAUGUUGAUACCAAGAGUGCUGGUACCAUGUUUGAGCUGAUCAAGAAGAAGCUGAGCCAUUCAGACUCGUACCCACACCUCCUGUCUAUCCUCCAGCACUGCCUACAGAUGCCCUAUAAGCGCAGUGGUCUACAGCACUGGCAGCUUUUAGACCGAAUCCUGCAACAGAUCGUACUUCAAGACGACAAAGGAGAGGACCCAGAUUUGGCCCCUCUCGACAACUUUAGUGUUAAGAAUAUCAUUCGCAUGCUGGUCAAUGAGAAUGAGGUGAAGCAGUGGAGAGAGCAGGCAGAGAAGUUCAGGAAAGACCAUGCAGAACUGAUGGCUAAACUAGAGAAAAAGGAACGUGAAUGUGAGACAAAGACCCAAGAAAAAGAUGAGAUGAUGAAGACCCUGAACAAGAUGAAGGACAAACUGCAGCGAGAGGGCGUGGAGCUCCGCUCAGCACGAGAACAAGUCCUGGACCUGUCCUCACGCAUCAAUGACAUCGCAACGGGCAACAUGCCAUUUCCCCCUGCACCUCCUCCCGGUGGUCCUGCUGGCCCCAUGAUCCCUCCCCCUCCUCCCCCCAUGAGUGCUGGCUUCCCUCCUCCUCCCCCUCCUCCUCCCAUGAGCUGUCCCCCUCCACCACCUCCUCCCCCUCCUCCUGGGGCUCCUCCACCUCCUCCAGGAGCACCACCCAUGUUCGGUGCCCCUCCACCUCCUGUGCCCUCUUUCAGCUCAGCUAACACGCAACGCUCCAAGUCCAUUCCACAGCCGUCACAUCCGCUCAAGUCCUUCAACUGGGCCAAACUGGGAGAGCAUAUGAUCAACGGCACGAUCUGGAAUGAGAUAGAUGACCUCAGAGCUUUUGAAAUCCUCGACCUAAAAGAUAUAGAGAAGAUGUUUUCAGCCUAUCAGAGGCAGCAGGACCUGCUCACUAACCAAUCAUUCAAACAGAAAGAAACCGGCUCAAUGGACGACUUGUAUGUAAGCACGAGGAAGGUCAAAGAGCUGUCAGUCAUAGACGGCAGGCGUGCUCAGAACUGUGUCAUCCUGCUUUCAAAGUUGAAAAUGAGCAAUGAAGAAAUUAAGAGGGCAAUUCUAGAGAUGGACGAGAGAGAGGAACUCGCCAAAGACAUGUUGGAGCAGCUGCUAAAGUUUAUCCCAGAGAAGAGCGACAUCGACCUUUUGGAGGAGCACAAACACGAGCUGGAGCGGAUGGCCCGGGCUGACCGCUUCCUCUUUGAGAUGAGCAGAAUCGACCACUACCAGCAGCGACUGCAGGCUUUGUUCUUCAAGAAAAAGUUUGCAGAGCGACUCGCUGAAACCAAGCCCAAAGUUGAAGCUCUCCUCCAUGCGUCUAAGGAGGUGGUCCGGAGCAAGCGGCUGACUCAGAUCCUGGAGGUGGUUUUAGCCUUUGGGAACUUCAUGAACAAAGGCCAAAGAGGAAACGCCUUUGGUUUCAAGGUUUCCAGCCUCAACAAAAUCGCUGACACCAAGUCCAGCAUAGACAGGAAUAUUACCAUGUUGCACUAUCUGAUAAUGAUCUUUGAGAAGAACUAUCCAGACACACUCCACAUCCAGAAUGACCUCAACAAUGUGCCAGAGGCUGCAAAAGUCAACUUGGCAGAGUUGGAAAAAGAAGUGCACCAUAUCAAAAGUGGACUGAAAGCACUAGAGGCGGAGCUUCACUAUCAGCAGAGCAGGACGAGGGAACGCGGGGACAAGUUUGUGGCGGUAAUCGGAGACUUCAUCACCGUGGCUGGCUUUAGCUUCUCUGAACUGGAGGACCAGCUGAGCGAGGCCAAGGACAAGUUUGCCAAAGCUUUGAAGCACUUUGGGGAGGAUGAAGGAAGGAUGCAGCCAGAUGAGUUCUUUGGGAUCUUUGACACGUUCCUGCAGUCUUUUGGUGAAGCAAGACAAGACCUGGAGAACAUGCAGCGACGCAAAGAGGAAGAGGAGAGAAGGGCUCGAAUGGAGGCCAUGCUGAAGGAACAGAGAGAGCGUGAGCGUCGGACCAAGAAGCCUGGUACGACAGAAGAAGUGGGCGGAGAGUUUGACGAUCUGGUAUCAGCUUUACGAUCAGGUGAAGUCUUUGACAAGGACCUGAACAAGUUUAAGCGCAACCGUAAGCGCUCCGUCAAUCAGCUGGUAGAGGGAAGUGGUGGUCGCGAGCGUGCUGUCACCAAGGUCAACUACUAAUGAUAACGAAGGAGGAAAACAUAAUGUACAAAUCCAAAACACCUCCUACACUUUUGUCUGUUACUGACUGGUUACAAAGAGCCACAAGAAGGAUGCGGACUCCGUUCUAUGUCUCGUUUUCACCUGUUGAAGUUGAAGAUGCUUUGGAGCUAACCUGAUGACAGCUAACAGACUGACUGACCACUGUGACACUAUUAACUGUUAGCACUGUGCUAAAGUGUUGUUUUCACUUCCUGUUUGAACGCUCCCUUUUCCCACAAUCCCAGGAGCUCAUAAAAAUGGGAUUAACCAGUCACACUGUACAUAGUGGAAGGCCAAGUGACUGAGUGAAAGACAUGUAUGCAUAAAGUGUCAGCAAAGUUAUUACACAAAUGGUCACAAGGAGCGAUACUAUUGAUCCUCUCAUCAAAGCAUUUCCACACUUAUCCAAAUCAUGCCAAUGUCUUCACAGCCUGACACAUACGAAAUGUGCCAUAAAAGAUUCAAGCAUUACCUAUCUUGUUUUUUGUUUUGUAAAUUGCUCUUGAGAUGUACAGGAGAAGUGUGAACCUGUAUUACUGCAAUUAGGUGUGUAUCAGUACAUAUAUAUUUAUAUUUAGAUGCAGACAAGCUAAUUGCCAAGAGGUUUUUCUAUGUUUCCAUGGCAUUUUGCUUUAUUGUACGCUGGUGUUGCAAGUUCACAAUAUUAUGAGCUUUGUGUGUGUAUAAGGAAUCUGUGGAAGCCCUAUGUACACCUCAGCACCACUCGUAGCUUUUACCCAAAUCAGGAAGUAUCCUCUCUGGUCAUUAAUUAGCUCUACUUAAGUCAUGAAGGAUUACCAUAUAUGAAUUUAUAUAUUUUGUAGGUCAAAAGUUUUGAUUUUUUUAAAGAUUGGGGUUCUUACUUGUUAUGGAUCUGACCUAUUGGUGCUAAAACAUGACAGUUUUGUUACACACAGCAGGAAUGCAUUGCUCAUUUAGUGCUAAAGUGGCUUUCAAUAUUUCAGUUCAUAUUUAUUUAUGACAGCAUUAUCAUAGCACUUAAGACUUGAUGCAAAGUUGCUUGUGUGCAAGACGUUAACUGGCAACAACUUCUGUCAAAUGUAGUGACACAAACUCAGAAAGGUUCUCAUAUUAAAAUAUUUAAAAUGUGUCAAGCUAGAAUUAUAUAUAAAGCUUUGAAGAAUGACAUAGAUGGGUUUGGAACAAAACCUAGCCAAUAUUACUGCCACUCAUUCCAUUCUGAUAACUGCUCACAAAAAUACAGACACGGUUAUUGUUUUCCAUGUCAAAUUUUACAACUUCAUUAAAAAUAUUGUCACUGCACUUAACUUUACAAGCACUUGGUUUUAAAGGCAAUCAUCCCAUAUCACUCACAGCUCUUUCACCGUUUUUUCAAGUUCAAGUGCCUCUGCUCCUGCCCCCCAGCUGGAAAAAAAAAUCCAACAGUUGGUUGUAAUGACUUGGGCGCCAUCUUGUGGUGAAACUAGCCAUUUGCAUCAGUUGUCAUGUGUUUUUCAAAUCGCGUCUCCCUAGUCAUUAGGAGUUCAUUUAAUUUUUUUAUUUUUUAUUUUGCAGGCACAAUAUAAAUUAAUCCCUUAACGUGUUUCUGUUGCCAUAAUAAAUUAUAGAAACUAAUAGGAACUUUCAAAUAAAUAUUUUCUUACAAAUCAAAAACAUUCAAAUUUAAAACAAUAGCUACAAAUCUUUCUCAUUGAUGAAUUUAAGAUUGACCUGGUUUUCAUGUCUGUAAGGCUGUUUUAUUUCUUAUCCUCUGUAACUUCCCAUCACUUUCUGCAAACUAGAUGUUGACAGACUCGAAACUCCUAACCCAUUUGAAUUGUAAUAUGUUGUAUUUUAUUAUAGCUGGCUCUAUUUCCUAAAGAGUUAUGCGUUGUCAGUAUUAUUUCACAUUGGUGUUUAUUACGGCCAUUGACUGGCAUAUUGUGGAGUGUCUAAUGAUGGAAAAACACAGAGGAAUGAAAUUAGUAGCUGUUUGAUGCACUUUUUGUACUAUGGGAAAUUUCCGAUUUUGCAGCGAGGUUGCUCUUAGUAUUGAAGAUUACGAGGGGGGUGAGGCGAUAAGUGCUGACAGGACAAAGAUGGGCUGUUAAAUAAAGGGAGGGAGAUGUUUCUAUCACUUGGCAUCGACUUGCAUGUGCGAACCAGGUGCACACUGUGUAUUUCUGGCUUUUAUAAGAAGUAUGCUUGCAACACGGCCAACCGCUGAUGUGAGGAAAAAUGUAAAAGUUGCACCUAAUUUUUGAGGUUGUAAAAUUGUAAGGAGUCAGUAUUUUUACGGUUGGAUAAAAUAUCCUCUACCGAAAGAUGUACAGUUGGAAAAAAAAAAUCAUUUUGUACACCAUUCGUGAUGUUUGACAAAAGAUUAAAAAACACAUCUGAAUGUUCCAUUUACCUGUAAAUUAUACCUCUAUUUAUUUGCCUUAUUUAGUUUGCUAUAUUUUGUAUGUACACACAUCAUUACAAUAAAAUGUUAUAUUAAAGGAAUAUGAAUAAUGAAACUGUGGUCCUUGUAUCAUGAUGAUAAACUUGUAUGAGAAGAGAAACUUUUGCAUUAUAUUUGAUUUGUAUUUUCUCACCCUGUUUUUUGUAGGGUUACAAUAAAACCUGUCCCUGGAACCUG